AUGCCGCCAUUCCGACCUUCUUUACGCAUCUCCAGAGCUCUCGAGCUCCCCCACAGCUAUGCACCACGGCCGACAUUGCGCCCAAGUCACCUCAAAUACCGACAAGUACAGGCGCCGCGAAGAUGCAUGGCCGGCGUCCCUCCAAAGCAGAAGCCAGACCCCAUGGAGGAAUGGCGAAACCCCGAGCCUAGCAAAUGGCCGAACAGGAUACGGCUGAUGAUGCUGCCCUUCAUUGGGGCUAUAAUAUACUCUAUGUGGACAGAUGAUUCCAUCAAGACCGAAGCGCCCACCAUCGCCGAGAAAGACGCCCUCCUCAAACGCGAAAAUGGUGUGUCCGAGAACUCGCCAAUGCGCCUACGAAUGGAGCAGUUCAUUAAGCAGCACCAGAAGAAGAUUGUGUCUGAAUUGGAAAAGGUCGAUGGCACACCCUUUACCAUCGAUUCCUGGCAGAGGCCGGAAGGCGGAGGCGGCAUCACCUGCGUGCUACAGGAUGGCAAGGUAUUCGAGAAGGCAGGCGUGAACACGUCAGUUGUAUACGGACGCCUGCCUCGCGCCGCAAUCCAGAAGAUGCGCGUGAACCACAAAGCUCUCGACCCAGACGUCGACUCGCUCGAAUUCUUUGCCGCAGGCCUGUCCAUGGUCCUGCACCCGCACAAUCCUAACGCGCCGACCGUACACUUGAACUACCGCUACUUCGAGACCGCUGACGAGGCUGGAAACUCGACUGCAUGGUGGUAUGGCGGCGGUUGCGAUCUCACGCCCUCAUAUCUCUACGACGAAGACGCAAUACACUUCCACCAAACAAUCAAGGCGGCAUGCGACAAGCAUGACAGGGGAUACUAUCCGCGAUUCAAGAAAUGGUGCGACGAGUAUUUCAGCAACAAGCAUAGGAGCGAGUCACGCGGCAUAGGCGGAAUCUUCUUCGAUGAUCUAGACGAGACGGAGAAGGAUCAAGAGCAGCUGUUCUCCUUUGUGCAGGACUGCUUGUCUGCUUUCUUGCCAUCGUACAUACCCAUCAUUAACAGGCGGAAGGACAUGCCCUACACAGAGGAAAUGAAGCAGUGGCAACAGCUCCGGAGAGGCCGAUAUGUGGAAUUCAAUCUCGUGCAUGACCGAGGCACGGCUUUUGGACUGAACACCCCCGGCGCAAGAGUGGAAAGCAUCCUGAUGAGCUUACCGCUCACGGCAAGGUGGCAGUAUAUGCAUACGCCAGAGAAGGGCUCAAGAGAGGAGAGAUUAUUAGAAGUGCUCAAGAAGCCAAGGGCGUGGGUGUAA